AUGGACAGGCAGAACGAAUGCGCUGUCUUGUCUGAGACAAAGCAUGAAAGGGUUGCGAUCUACCCUCAGAUGGUAACGGUUCCCAUUGAUCCGAUGUUGAUGUCGCCAGUUCAACCGCGACUGAUAGAGCAAACUGAUCCAGUUUCUCCAUCGCAGCCGCCUGUGACUAGUGAACUGUCAACAGUCCCUUACCCAUCGGCGAUGAUACCAGGUGGCACCAAUGCUAUCUCAAGCAACUGGGACCCCAUCAUACAGGUCCAGCCUUACCAAACUUACCUGAACGCUCUCAUAUUCGAGAACAAUACGAGACAUCGCGCAACCAUCGCCUGUACUGAAUGCCGCAAGCGGAAGGUCCGAUGUCAAACAUCAAUGUUCGGUCUUCAUGGAAAAUGCCGGAGAUGCUGGGAAAGACACAAAGACUGCAUCUUUACCCCGCCUGGCGACUACUGCCCAAGCUUCCUUUCGCUUCCAGUCCCGCUGCCUACUCUUUCUCAACUUCCAAUAGCAGGUAACCCGCCCUUCGUUAUUGAGAGCUUCCCUCCACAAUGUGCACAGACUCCUCCAGGUCUUGGAUUGAUGUUACCGCGCGGUACCAACCGCACAAUAAGCAACGAGCCUAGUCGUGAAAAUCAGUCAACAAAACGACAAAGAGUAAGUGGAGGAACCAGAAGGCGAGGGGGUGUUUCAACAAGGUCUGAGACGGUUGAUAAGAAUUCAAUCAUGAGAGUAGAAAAUCUACUUCGUUGA